AUGUUUAUAUCCUCGCUAAGACAGCAGAUGAAAGCUAUCAAAGUCAUCAUCCAUGUUUUUUUUCGAGCGUCAAAAAACGAACGCGAAUUUUUCAUUCAAUUUUAUUCUUCGUUCUAUCGGCAACUUUACCGUUUUAUGAUGGAGAACGCGUCGCUCGGAGAAAGCGACGUGAAUCUAACCGACGAAAUUAUCACCGAGCAUCUCACAGAAGCCGAAAUCGCUUACGAGAUAUGCCAGCUGGUGGGGGCCCGGUCCUGUCGCAGGGCCGUCAAAACGGCCCUCAAAAUGGACAAUCUCAUCAACAUCGAGAAGAAAACCUACGCGGAUCUGCUAUCGCUGCCCAAAAAACAUUAUUUGGAAUGCACGCUCGUGCCCAUAUUGAUUAACGGCAUCACCCACGUGGCGCAGGAGAGACCACCGUGCCCCAUCAAAACGUUGGCGGUGUUCCUGCUGAAGAACAAGAAUUUCUACGAAACCGACGCCGAAAUCGAGGCGGAGAGCAAACCGAGCGCCAACGUCGCCAAAUCAAGGUCCAAAAUCGCCGCCUUCGUAUCUAGAUUAUCGACUCGCACCUAG